GAGUGAAGGCGGGGGGCGCGAUCACGUGGGCCGGCGGUCCUGGGCCGGAAUGGCUGCAAGCUCAGUUCCAGAAGGACCUUGAUUGCCCGUUGGACAUAGAAUGUGAUGUGCCUACUCUUCCCCGCUCCCCUGGCUAAGCAGAUAGGGUGCUUGAUUGGCAGCACCACCAAAAUCACGUGGUUGGAAAGGAGGGGAAGCAGUUGCCCUCCAGGAAAAACGAGAUCAUCAUUCAGGUCUUUCUGAGCUAAGGCCAAACAAACAAAAAACGCUUGCUUGGAUGAACUGAGUGCUGUUGUUAAAAGUAAAUAUGGAAAGUGAACCAGACCACGAAACUGUGGACCAGAGCCUCUAUGCCAAGACGGCCGAAGAAGAGCUGAAUAAGUCUUUCAGUCUAGAAGCUUCACUUUCAAAAUUCUCUUACAUAGAUUUGGACAAGGAACUGGAGUUCAAAAACGAUCUGAUUGAUGACAAGGAGUUUGAUAUUCCUCAAGUUGACACGCCUCCAACACUGGAAAGCAUACUAAAUGAGACUGAUGACGAAGAUGAGUCUUUUAUUCUUGAGGACCCUACAUUGUUAAACAUUGACACUGUUGAUUCUCACUCCUAUGAUACAUCAUCUGUGGCAAGCUCAGAUAGUGGUGACAGGACCAACUUAAAAAGGAAGAAGAAAUUACUUGAUUCUUUUUCACUCCAUGGAUCAGUUAUGCGACAUUCACUUUUGAAGGGAAUUUCUGCCCAGAUAGUGUCUGCAGCUGACAAAGUAGAUGCUGGCUUGCCUACAGCAAUUGCAGUGUCCAGUCUGAUAGCAGUGGGUACAUCUCAUGGAUUGGCUUUAAUAUUUGAUCAGAAUCAAGCUUUGCGACUCUGUCUGGGUAGCACUAGUGUUGGAGGUCAGUAUGGCGCCAUCUCUGCCCUCAGUAUCAACAAUGAUUGCUCAAGACUUCUCUGUGGCUUUGCUAAAGGACAGGUCACCAUGUGGGAUUUGGCCAGUGGAAAACUUCUAAGAUCAAUAACAGAUGCUCAUCCUCCAGGAACAGCAAUAUUGCAUAUCAAGUUUACAGAUGAUCCAACUCUCGCAAUUUGCAAUGACAGCGGAGGCUCUGUUUUUGAAUUGACAUUUAAGAGAGUGAUGGGAGUGAGAACAUGUGAAUCUAGGUGUCUCUUCAGUGGUUCUAAGGGUGAAGUCUGCUGUAUUGAGCCUCUGCAUUCUAAGCCUGAGUUGAAAGAUCAUCCCAUCACACAGUUUUCAUUAUUGGCCAUGGCAUCCUUAACAAAAAUACUGGUCAUUGGAUUGAAACCAUCCUUGAAAGUGUGGAUGACUUUUCCCUAUGGCCGGAUGGACCCUUCCAGUGUGCCAUUGCUGGCCUGGCACUUUGUAGCAGUACAUAAUUAUGUGAAUCCAAUGCUCGCCUUCUGCAGAGGAGAUGUUGUUCAUUUUCUGUUGGUAAAGAGAGAUGAAUCUGGAGCAAUACAUGUUACUAAGCAAAAGCAUCUUCACCUAUACUAUGACCUCAUCAACUUUACUUGGAUAAAUUCCCGCACAGUUGUGCUCUUAGACAGUGUAGAGAAGUUGCAUGUGAUUGAUCGGCAAACACAAGAGGAGCUGGAGACGGUGGAGAUCUCAGAAGUUCAGCUGGUCUACAACAGUAGCCAUUUCAAAUCACUGGCCACUGGAGGAAAUGUUAGCCAGGCACUGGCUUUGGUUGGAGAGAAGGCUUGUUAUCAAUCCAUCAGUAGCUAUGGUGGUCAGAUCUUUUAUUUGGGGACAAAAUCUGUUUAUGUGAUGAUGCUGAGGAGCUGGAGAGAGAGAGUGGAUCAUCUCCUGAAACAAGAUUGUCUUACAGAAGCCUUGGCCCUUGCAUGGUCUUUCCAUGAAGGAAAAGCAAAAGCAGUUGUGGGAUUAUCAGGGGAUGUCAGCAAGCGAAAGGUUAUUGUUGCAGACCGGAUGGUAGAAAUCCUAUUCCAUUAUGCAGAUCGAGCUCUGAAAAAGUGCCCAGACCAAGGAAAAAUCCAAGUGAUGGAGCAGCAUUUUCAGGAUAUGGUGCCUGUCAUAGUUGAUUAUUGCCUUCUGCUACAGCGAAAGGAUCUUUUAUUUAGUCAAAUGUAUGAUAAAUUAAGUGAGAAUUCAGUGGCCAAAGGAGUAUUUUUGGAGUGCCUUGAGCCAUAUAUUUUAAGUGACAAAUUGGUGGGAAUCACGCCCCAAGUAAUGAAAGACUUGAUUGUUCAUUUCCAAGAUAAAAAAUUAAUGGAGAAUGUGGAAGCUCUCAUUGUGCAUAUGGAUAUCACCAGCCUAGAUAUUCAGCAGGUAGUUCUCAUGUGUUGGGAAAAUCGUUUAUACGAUGCUAUGAUCUAUGUCUACAACAGAGGCAUGAAUGAGUUUAUUAGUCCAAUGGAGAAACUUUUCAGAGUCAUUGCUCCACCUCUGAAUGCAGGAAAAACGCUAACAGAUGAACAAGUUGUUAUGGGCAAUAAGCUUCUUGUAUAUAUUAGCUGUUGUCUGGCAGGUCGUGCCUAUCCCCUUGGUGACAUCCCUGAAGAUCUUGUUCCCUUGGUUAAAAACCAGGUUUUUGAAUUUCUAAUUCGCCUGCAUUCAGCAGAGGCUUCUCCUGAGGAAGAAAUCUAUCCUUAUAUUCGGACUUUGCUACAUUUUGACACAAGAGAAUUUCUAAAUGUAUUGGCACUGACUUUCGAAGAUUUUAAAAAUGACAAGCAAGCUGUGGAGUAUCAACAGCGAAUUGUGGAUAUUUUGUUGAAAGUUAUGGUGGAGAAUUCAGACUUCACCCCCUCACAAGUAGGAUGUCUCUUUACCUUCCUUGCUCGGCAGCUUGCAAAGCCUGACAACACCUUGUUUGUAAACAGAACACUUUUUGAUCAGGUCCUUGAAUUCCUUUGUAGUCCUGACGAUGAUUCCCGACAUUCUGAAAGACAGCAGGUCCUUUUAGAAUUGCUGCAGGCUGGAGGCAUAGUUCAGUUUGAAGAGAGUCGACUCAUCCGUAUGGCAGAAAAAGCUGAGUUCUAUCAGAUUUGUGAAUUUAUGUAUGAACGAGAACACCAAUAUGACAAAAUUAUUGAUUGCUACUUACAUGACCCUCUGAGAGAGGAGGAAGUCUUCAAUUACAUUCACAAUAUCUUAUCCAUUCCUGGACAUAGUGCCGAGGAGAAGCAGUCUGUGUGGCAGAAAGCAAUGGAUCAUAUUGAGGAACUGGUGGCCCUGAAGCCUUGUAAAGCUGCGGAACUGGUUGCUACCCACUUUUCUGGACAUAUUGAAACGGUCAUUGAAAAACUUCAGAACCAGGUUUUGCUUUUCAAAUUUUUGAGGAGUCUUCUUGACCCAAGGGAAGGUGUUCAUAUAAAUCAAGAAUUGCUGCCCGUAUCUCCCUGCAUCACAGAGCAGUUCAUCGAGCUGUUGUGUCAGUUCAACCCAAACCAAGUUAUAGAGACUCUGCGAGUGCUUGAGUGCUACCGUCUGGAAGAAACUAUUCAGAUUACUCAGAAGUAUCAGCUUCAUGAAGUCACUGCGUAUCUAUUGGAAAAGAAAGGAGAUACUCAUGGUGCCUUCUUAAUAAUGUUAGAGAGACUACAAAGCAAACUUCAGGAGAUAACACAUCAAGGUGAAAAUACCAAAGAGGAUUCCUCCUUGAAGGAUGUUGAAGAUACUAUGGUAGAGACCAUUGCCCUUUGCCAGAGAAAUUCCCAUAAUUUGAACCAGCAGCAACGUGAGGCACUUUGGUUUCCAUUAUUGGAGGCAAUGAUGGCCCCUCAGAAGCUGCCCAGUUCAGCUGUCCCUCAUCUACACUCUGAAGCUCUGAAAUCUUUAACCAUGCAAGUUUUAAACAGCAUGGCAGCCUUCAUUGCCUUGCCAUCAAUCUUGCAAAGAAUCUUACAGGAUCCAGUUUAUGGGAAAGGAAAACUUGGAGAAAUCCAGGGACUUAUUCUGGGAAUGCUGGACACCUUUAACUAUGAACAAACCCUGCUGGAAACAACAACUAGCCUUCUCAACCAGGAUCUCCAUUGGUCAUUAUGCAACCUGAGAGCUUCGGUCACCAGAGGCCUGAACCCCAAACAAGAUUACUGCUCUAUCUGUUUGCAGCAGUACAAGAGACGCCAAGAAAUGGCUGAUGAAAUUAUUGUCUUUAGCUGUGGCCAUCUGUAUCACUCAUUCUGCCUACAAAGCAAAGAAUGCACCAUGGAAAUUGAGGGCCAGACAAGAUGGACGUGCUACAAAUGCAGCUCAAGUAACAAAGUAGGAAAACUCAGUGAAAAUGCAUCUGAAAUUAAAAAGGGCAGGAUAACCCCCUCACAGGUAAAAAUGUCUCCAUCAUAUCAUCAGUCCAAAGGGGAUCUCACUGGUAAAAAGGCAACCUCAGAACCUGUUCUGGAUCCACAGCAAAUCCAAGCAUUUGAUCAGCUUUGCCGCCUCUACCGAGGAAGCUCCAGGCUGGCUCUCCUCACAGAACUCUCCCAGAAUCGCAGCAGCGAGAGCUAUAGGCCAUUCAGUGGCUCCCAGGGCGGUCCUGCUUUCAACAGCAUCUUCCAGAACGAGAACUUCCAGCUGCAGCUCAUUCCCCCGCCUGUGACUGAGGACUGAUGACUCCGUGGAGCCUGGCCCGGGAGAACCAGAGGUCCCGAAGCAGCUGGGGAGAGGCCCCGCCUCUGGUGGGCUUGGCCUCCACUGCCUCCCACACUUCUGAGAAGAGGUUCCACAUUGGGCUUCCUUGCCCAGGGCGUCCACACCACCAUUCCCAGUGUAGACUCCCUGCCUUCACACCGUUGUCAUGCGCCAGCUCACCUGACUGGUUGGGUUUUUUUUGCUUGUUAAGCAAAGGAACGUCAGUACCUCUGUCCAGCUUUUUAGGAAGUACAUUUUGCCUACUGAGACUUUUUCCCUUUUCCCCUGAAGCCUGCAAAGUGGGUGGAACUCACACUAAUGGCAUUCCAGAGUCUGCCGUACGCCGCCUCCCACAGCUGGCGGGUGAUACAGAGGAACUUCACCUUCUGCAGAAAACAGUGGUUGGCCAGGCUGCAACAGAACCGAAUUAGGCCUUGGAGCAGAGACACGGAGGGGCCAGGGCCAUCUCCCUUUUAAUGUGUUCACGCGAAAACUUAUUUGAGUGUAAGACUUGUCCUUUCUAACAAUAAAUGCCUCUGUGUUUAAGCUCCACAGGUCUCCUGGCUGGCUCUCAGGCUGUCAAGUCAUGGAGGACAUUUAGAGCCCUGUUCACAAUUUUAUUAGCCCAGAGUCAGGAACCUGAGUGUGACCACCUUCCUUAAUUCAGAUAAGCAGCCCAUCCUCAGCUGUCUUCAGAGCCACCCGAAUGCUCCUGUGACUGGGGCAAGGCUGCCAAAGAGAAAACUCCUCAUUCAGUUUUUGGCCAUGGGACUUGGUUUAUCGUUGAAGCAGCUCCCACAGGAGGAGGCAGAGACCUAGGUUUCCACCUGACACACUCAGAUGGUCUUUCCUCAGUGCACGGGAAUGACAGGCUCUCAUGGACCGAUACUAACCAAACCCACAGGAAAUUGACACAUAAACUAGAUAUAUGUUUUUUUUUGAGACAGUUUUGCUCUUGUUGCUCAGGCUGGAGUCCAGUGGCAUGGUCUCAGCUCACUGCAACCUUCACCUCCCAGGUUCAAGUGAUUCUCCUGCCUCAGGGUCUCAAGUAGCUGGGAUUACAGGCACCCACCACCACACUCAGCUAAUUUUUAUAUUUUUAGUAGAGAUGAGGUUUCACCAUGUUGGCCAAGCUGGUCUCAGACUCCUAAUCUCAGGUGGUCUGCCUGCCUCAGCCUCCCAAAGUGUUGGAAUUACAGGCGUGAGCCACCAGGACCAGCCAAUACAAAUUUGUAACCCUUAAAUAGAAAAUCGAUCCUGCUCGUGCCAUGUACUACUUGUAAUCAGCACAUCAGUUAACCUUGCUAAGCUUCUGUUUCUUUAUAAAUAGAACUGCUGUGGAGAUGAAAUAAUACACGUAAACUUUUGCUGUGUGCCAUGCAGGCACAUGGCAAAUACCCCGGAAAUGCUAGCUGAGCUUUUUAAUUUAACUGCUCCUAAGACCUGGGCUACAAGGGAACCGCUUCCUAAUGUAUCAGGAGAUAAAAUUGAGGGACGUGGUUGAACAUAACUCAUCACCAUUCAGAUGCCUGCUGCAGCCAUAUGACAUAGUCUCAACCCCAGUUUACAGAUGAGAAAGCUGAGUCAGAGGUGACAAGCAAUUUCACCCAAGUAACAUGCUGAAGAGGCAGCAGAGCAGGGUAGUUCAGACUUGUGAUUCCAGAGUCAGUGAUGCUACCUGCCCGAAGUUAUGUAUCAGAACGUUUCUCAUUGAGCCUAAAAUUAAUGCCAAAGCAACUUGAUAUUCUCAAAGCGAAACUCAGUGAUUCCCCUUCUUCUUUUACAGUAUAAAGAACCAAGGCAAAAGGAAUAUUCAAUAUAGAAAUGUAAAUUGUGGGCCAGGCAUGGUGGGUCAUGCCUGUAAUGCCAGCACUUUGGGAGGCCAAGAUGGGUGGAUCACGAAGUCAGGAGUUCGAGACCAGCCUGGCCAACAUGGUGAAACCCUGUCUCUACUAAAAAUACAAAAUUAGUCGAGCAUGUUGGUAGGUGCCUGUAAUCCCAGCUACUCGGGAGGCUGAGGCAGAGAAUUGCUUGAAACUAGAACAGUGAGACAAGAUCACACCAUUGCACUCCAGGCUGGAGGAAAGAGCAAAACUCCAUCUCCAAAAAAAAAAAAAAAAGUAAA